AUGAAAGCAGAGGACCUGUCUAACGAGCUGCCCUCGGCUCCCCACGCGGUGCCCUUUGACCCCUUGCCUGCCGAGGCCCUGCGUCUGGAGGCGGCCUCUCCACAUUACCACGACAACCAGCUGCAAGUCAAGGUCUUCUGGAAGUGGCCUUAUCACUCCAAGCAGAGACACCCGGGUUCGUACGUCCUGCGCUGGCUCCCACACACCUGCUCACGUAACGCCAGCGGUGAGGAGAGGAGCGCCACGGUCAAGGGAACUCACCAUACCAUUACUGCGCUGCUGUUUGCUUGCAAGUACCGGGUUUCCGUGGCCAUGGCGUCCGAGCCGGCAACAGAAGCGGUGGCCUGGGUGACGACCCCGAGCUGCUCCAGCGUCCGGCUCCAGGGAGGAGAGAGUCUUUCCUGCAACAGUGGAGAGCUCCCCCUGGUGGGUAGAAAGGUGUCCCUGCGUCCGGAGCGCCUCACCGCAGACUUCCAACAGGCCAACGGGACUCUGCUCGGGACGUUCCGCUGGAGGAUGUCCCCACACGCUCUGGAGCUGUCUGCUGUGGAGGCCUUCCAGUUCACCUGGACCCUGCAGUCCCCGGUCACAUCCAGCUCCAGAGAGGACAUGCUCAUCUCCCAAACACAGACCAUAGCAGCGUUUCAAAGAUCUAUAACGGUGUCGAGUCUCCAACCUGACAGCGACUACCAGCUGCAGCUCCAAGUCCUGACAGCAGGGGGCAGCACGGGCGCAGCGGUCUCCAAAAGCAUCCACACUCCCGCCACGCAAGCUUCUCUUUGA